GACCUCAGCUGAGCAGGAUGCCAGCCUAUGGCUCAUCAGCAGCACCUGCCCCUCCCAGCCCCUCUCUCAGAGACAAUUUCAUGGGAGGCUCAGUAGCCUCAGCUCCAUUAGAAACAUUGGUUCCCCAUCGCAGCAGUCAGCCCUGGAGAUGCAGCUGCACAAGACACAGUGAAAGCCUGAUGUGUGUAGGCUUAGAUGGCUCUGCCCACAGCCAGUGCCUGCACCUUAUCUGUGUUCGCAGUGCAGAUGCCCCAGUCAAUGCCCAGGCUCCAUUCACACUUGCAGCUUGGCCUCAUCAAAUGCCUGUACCCCAUCCAUGCCCGUGGCGCAGCCCGCAUCGAAUGCCUGUGCCCCAUCUGCUUGUGGCUUGGCUGCCCCACCCAAUGCCUGCACUGCACCUGUGCUCUCGCCUCAGCUGCCUCAGCCAAUGCCCGUACUGUCUCUGUGCUCGUGGCUCGGCCACCGCAGCCAGUGCUUGGCCAUGCUCUCUCUUGGCCACCCCCCUAAGUCUGCUGCUUACCUGUGCUUGCACCCCCGCUGCCCCAGCCAUCACCCAUGCUCCAUCAGUGCUCAUACCUUGGCCACUGUGGCCGGCAAUUAUGCUCAUACCCCAGCUGGGCUUGCCCCAGCCAGCACCUGCAUCUGCAGCCUUGCUGCACUUGCAGCUCAGCUCCCUCAUUGCUGGCUGCUGCUCUCAGGAAAGCACUAAUUUUUCUAGCAUAAAUGUACCCAAACUAUGGCUCAGGAGAUGUAUUUGCUUCAUGACCUCAUAGCAGGACAUUGCAAUACACUGACCCCAGAGAAAAGGUGCAAUAGAACCUCUGGCCAGGGCUCUUCUGUGUUUCACUAGGAACAUGUAACAGUGACUAGUGCACGGCACCGCCGAGUGCUAAGGAAGUGGAGGUGUUUUAAUAUUUGGGAGUUUCUGUAUUAUUGGGGCGAUGGGGCUCUCUCUUGGGUAUAUUACUGUCUGGCUUUGAAUUGAGAUCAGCACCAGAAAUAAAUCCUUUGAGUGUUGCUCAAAGUCCCUGGCAUGGCCUAUGCUUUCUUCUUGCUCUUGUAGGGACUCCCAGGUUGACUGGACUGAUAGUGUCUAGAGGGAGGGGUGGGAGACCCAUCCUUCGGGAGACUGAAAACCAUACUGUACACAGCACUAAGAAAUCUCCAGUAAAGAACAGUCCUCCCCUGGUUGAAGACAUAGCCCAGGCAGGAGCUAAUGGUUUUGCCAUCUCAGCCCUCCAUGGUCUUAAGCCUACCACACUGCUCCGUGCUCCUUUUUCCUUGGGAAUCUUGCAAGGGAUCAACUUUGGAGGCUGCAGGAGUCCAGCCAGCACUGCUUUACCUGGUCACCCCUCUGGGGCAUAGCAGAGCCCUCAGACCAUGUUCCAGCCCCCAGCUACCAUGCUGGGGUAGAGCUGGUUUUGGUUGUUUGGAUUUGUUAUUCCCUCGGCUCCUGCUCUUUGAGGAGGUAAAAGUCCAGGCCAGCACCUGGAAGUGCCCUGCCCUCCCUCUUCCCUUUGUAGUUAGGAGUCUCCCCAUGGACUGAAUGAACCUCCUGACCUCCUCCAGGUCACCAUGCAGGAAAAAGGUGUUUCCUGUGAAAAUGCUGACAAAAAGAGCCUGGGAGACAGCCGGAUGGCCAUUUGCCGGAAGCGCUCCGGUCCGUGCUCUGUGCUUUCCACAAACGCUCCUGCCUAGUUAAAAGGGCAGAACUGGGGUGUGCUCUAUUCUGGCAGCUCUUCGUCUUGCCAAGGAGUGCAGUCCCCACUAGAGCCCAUAGGGCACUGGAGCCUGGCAACAGCACUGAUUUCAUGUCCUGCUCCUGCCCCAGUGCCAGGUGGAGGAAGGGCAUGGCAGGGAGGCAUGAAGUGCGAGAGGAAAAAGCAAGGCGGAAACUUGAGGCCAAAGAGAGGGUGAGGCAGAAACUGAGAGGGAGACAGACAGACAGAACCAACCAACGGACAAGAAAGCUGCAUACAGCCAACGCCUUGGCUUGGAAGUCCCUUGUCGCCAGCAGCACCCAAUAUCCAGACCGAGAUGACGCAGCUGCUGUUGAUACUCUUCUGUCUCCGUUUCUGGCCAUGGAUUGGGAGCUCUGCUCAAGAGCUGGACCCUAAUGGGAAGAAUGUUUGCAAGGCUACCAGCCUCUCUGCAGGUCUGGUAUGCUGCCCAGGUUGGAAACAGGAAGGCAAGGAAUGCACAGCUGCGCUAUGUGAAGGGGAGGAUGCUUGCAAGGUGGAUGAAGUGUGUGUGAGACCUGGAAUCUGCCUCUGCAAACCUGGUUUCUUUGGAGCCAACUGCAACUCCCGCUGCCCUGACCAGUACUGGGGCUCGGACUGCAAGAAGAGCUGUUCAUGCCAUCCCAAUGGGAAGUGUGACCCUGUAAGCGGCCAGUGCAUUUGCAAUGCCAACCGCUGGGGAGUACUCUGCGAGUUCCCAUGCCAGUGUGCACCUCAUGGCCACUGCAACCCCCACACUGGAGCCUGUCACUGUGAGCCAGGCUGGUGGGGACCCAACUGCAAGAAGCAGUGUCUAUGCAGGGUGACCGGCUCCCACUGUGACUCUGUCACAGGGCAGUGUGUCUGCACCCAGGGCUGGUGGGGCAGGAGAUGCAGCUUUAGAUGCACCUGCCACCUCUCACCCUGUGCCCAAGACUCGGGCAAGUGUGAGUGCAGGGCUGGGUUUUGGGGGCCAUUGUGCCAACAUCAUUGUGACUGCCUGCAUGGGAACUGCAACCAUCUUGAUGGGCAUUGCAGCUGCAACCCUGGCUAUCAGGGCAGGAGCUGUGGGGAUCCCUGUCCUGCCGGUUAUUACGGAUCUCAGUGCAGAUACAGCUGUGGGCACUGCAAGCGGAGCCAGCCCUGCUCUCCUGUGGAUGGGUUCUGCCUGGCAUGUGACUCUGGCUGGAACGGUACCCUCUGUAAGAAGUUGUGCACGCCUGGAUACCAUGGGGAGAACUGUGCACAGGUGUGUCCCAGCUGCCGAAAAGGGGAGACCUGUCAUCCAGAGACAGGGGCUUGCUUGAACUGUGACCCUGGCAAGACAGGACCCAGCUGUGAAGCAUCCUGCCCUGCUGGAACAUUUGGAGAUGGAUGCUGGUUCACCUGUCCGGACUGUGUUAAUGGGAGCUGUGAUCCGGUGUCUGGGGAGUGUAUCUGCCAGGCUGGCUACUGGGGCAUCAGCUGCAAUGAGACUUGCCCAGAGGGUUUUUUUUGGAGCGAACUGUUCUUCCCCCUGCCAAUGUCCAAGGGGCUCCUGCCACCCACACUCUGGGGACUGUGUGCUCAGAUCAAAGCACCAGGGAGCCCUGAUAGCUGGCAUUCUCAUCCCAUUACUCCUCCUAUUACUCUGUGUCACCUGCUGUUGCUGUUGCUGUGGAACCAGCCAGCUGGAUGCCAGAGACAGGAUGGCUGUUGCUGAUGGUGAUGCGGUCUCCAGAAUGAAACAUCAUGUGCAGGGGGUGCUGGCAAAUCUCAGCUCCAUGUUACCUUGCCUCUCACUGAGUGGCUACAAA